CACACGGCCCAGGUUAGACCCGGGUCUGCUCCUCUCUCCGGUGUCCCCCCCCCCACACGGCCCAGGUUAGACCCGGGUCUGCUCCUCUCUCCUGUGACGUUGCGUUCUGGUGGUAAAGCGACGAGUGUUGUGUUUUCACAGACCCUCAGCAGGCUGUCCUGCGCUUACAAGAAGGAGAACCAGACCAAGAUGGUGGUGUGCGACCUGGGAAACCCCAUGAAGGGAGGAACCAAGGUGCUGGCAGAGCUGCAGUUCAGCGUGCACCAGCUGUCGGAGGAGGACACCUCAGUCCGGUUCGACCUGCAGAUAGUCAGCUCUAACCAGUUCAACAACACCAGCCCUCGAGUGUCCAGCACCACCAAACUGGCUGUCCUCGCCAAAGUCUCCAUCAGAGGGUCGUCGUCUCCCAGCCAGGUGCUGCUCCCCAUCGCCAACUGGGUGGUGAAACAGCCUCCUGUGGUCGGAGACGACAUCGGACCGCAGAUACUUCAGGUCUACGAGCUGCAGAACAACGGGCCCAGUACGUUCAGUAAGGCGGCGCUGGAGGUGCUCUGGCCGUACCAGUACAAGAACGGCUCGCUGCUCUACAUCACCAGCUUCGAAACCGAGGGACCAAUCAACUGCACCACGGACACGGAGAUCAACCCGCUCAACGUCUCGAACCCGAUGGCCCCGGCGAAGAACACCAGCGGGGUUCCACCCAGAGAACACGAGGGACGGAACAAAAACCACAUCCGCAAGAGAGACCUGGAGUCGAGAGACACGCAGAGCGACCUGCAGACACUGGACUGCACCACAGCAAAGUGUCUGCACCUGAAAUGUCAGGUCGGUCGUCUGGAGAGGACGAAGAACGCCAUCCUCUUCAUCUACUCCAGACUGGACGUCAACAACUUCCUCCGGCCGGAGAAUCAGAAUCUUUCAUAUAUGGUUCGAUCUACGGCCUCCUUCACUGUCAUCGAGAUGCCGUACAAGAACCUGCCGUCGGAUCUCCCGUCCAACACCACCGCUGUGAGCGUGUCGGUGAUGUGGGUGGCCGACGCUCCUCAGCCGGUUCCCGGCUGGGUGGUGGCUCUGGCUGUGCUGGCGGGACUGCUGCUGCUGGCGCUGCUCAUCUUCAUCAUGUACAAGCUGGGAUUCUUCAACCGGGUCCGCCCCCCCCAGGAGGACUGCACUGAGAAGGAGCAGCUGCAGCCGGAGGAGAACGGCAACACUGACACCUAGAGGCCGAGCUCUGCCUGUACAGAAAGCUUUGGGGUUAAACGGCCGUUUAGAGAAAGUCACUGUUUUCACUGUUGGAUGCAGAUCAUGGUACUGGAUGUGUUUUUGUUUUUGUUUUAACUGGUCAUGUUAUGUUUGUGCCAAAAGAGAAGCUCCGCCUGAGUUACACUGGUCACAGAUGGAAGUCUUUAACAUUUUAACAUUAGUUAAACUUUGGGAAAUCCUCUCUGAGAGUCACACGUUCAGUCUGGUGCCACGCUCAUGACGUAAAGAUAGAGACGUAGAGAUAGA